GUUUUAUACAUGAUAUAAAUGAACGUAACUAUAGGUAGUCACACGAAAUGAAUUCUUAAAUGGAAUUAAUUUUGGAAAGCCAUGAUACUGGUUAAUAAGAAUCAAAGGACCUGGAGUUGUACCACCAUAGAAUUUUCUCAUAACUACUGAUCACGAAUAGAAUGGCAUUGAAUGAUGAUACAACAUCGGACAGCUUGAUGGUUGCAGCCAUCGAUUUUGGCACGACUUAUUCAGGCUAUGCCUUUUCAAUGAAGGACGAUUAUGAGACAGAUAAACUGAAAAUUUCCUCCAACCAAUGGAAGUCUCCUACCAUGAUCUCCUUGAAGACACCCACAACAGUUUUACUGGGUCCAGACAAGAAAUUAGUGGCCUUUGGUUAUGAUGCAGAAUCACAGUACACAGCACUCGCGGAACAAGACAAGCAUAAAGGACACUACUACUUCAGACGGUUUAAAAUGGUUCUUUAUAACGAAAUCAGGACAGCCAAACUUACGCGAAAGACCACGAUACCCGAUAUUCAUGGCAAGCGUCUUCCAGCAAUAGACAUCUUUGCACACGCAAUAGGUUUCUUGCAACAGCAUCUGUUGGACCAGCUGAACAGUCGGGGAACUGGAAUUAUACAUCAACAGGAAAUCCACUGGGUAAUUACAGUCCCUGCCAUCUGGGACGAUCCUGCAAAACAAUUCAUGAGAGAAGCAGCCAAAAAAGCAAAUAUACAUGGGGAAAACCUGACAAUAGCUCUUGAGCCAGAGGCAGCAUCCAUUUACUGUAAGCAUUUAUCACUGGAGAAAGGGGAAGAAGAUGAGGGAUUUAGUGUUUUUCAGGAAGGAAGCCGGUAUUUAGUGCUCGAUGCAGGAGGUGGAACAGUUGACAUUACCUUACAUGAAAUUCAAAAAGAUGGUAGAAUUAGAGAACUUGAGCAGGCUACGGGAGGCCCCUGGGGAGGAACAUUUGUAGAUGAAGCUUUUUACAGCGUCCUCUCUGAUGUACUGGGCAGGGAGGAAUUUGAAAGAUACCGCAGAGAUCAUGCUUCUGACAUGAUGGAGAUAUAUCGCGAGUUUGAACUUAAAAAACGUUCACUAGAAAGGACUCCUGAAGAAGCAAAAACAGAGUCCACUAGUAUUCGAAAUAUAACCAUGAAAAUUCCUGUCACUUUGAAAGACUUUUGUAAAGAGAUUCAUAAGAAAACCAUUCAAGAUGUGACAAAAGAAAAGUCAAAUUGUGAUGGUUUAAUAUGGCAGCUAGACAAAUUAAGAAUUUCACACGAACGUUUUUCAGAUAUGUUUUCAGUUGCUUGUGAUGGUAUUGUAAAUCAUAUAAAAAAGCUUUUAACCUCCUCAAAGGCUAAAGGCACGAACAAAAUUCUUAUGGUAGGGGGGUUUUCAGAGUCUCUGUUUUUGCAAGAAAAAAUCCGAAAGUCAUUUCCAGACAUGCAUGUCGUAGUUCCACACGAAGCAGGACUUGCAGUACUGAAAGGGGCUGUUCUGUAUGGACAUGACCCAAAAGCAAUAUCCGUACGAGUUGCUAGAUGCACAUACGGCGUAGGUACCUGUGCGCUCUUUAAUCCCUCGUACCAUCCUCAAUCAAGACGAACAAAGAUAAAGAAUGAAUGGUACUGCCGAGGUGUGUUCAGUAGGCAUGUUAAAAAAGGUGACGUCCUAGAGGUGGACGAAGCUCAAGAAGACCACCCUUAUGUCCCCCUUCAUGAUUAUCAAACGGGUAUAAGUUUUAAAAUUUAUACUUCAACUGAAGACAACCCAAUGUUUACAGACGAUGAAAGUUGCAGAUAUUUAGGAUGCCUUGAAAUUGACAUUUCUAAACUAAAACGGAGUUCCAAAAAGUCAGUUCGUGUGAAGUUUAUAUUUGGUGGGACUGAGAUUAAAGUGGUGGGAAGGAUCGAAGAAACAAAUGAGGAAACGGAGGUGACCUUUAACUUUCUGGAGGAGAAUCCUGAUAUAACGGACAAAGAUGAAGUUUAUUUAGAUUAUUGAUAAAUUAUUUUGUUUUAAUGUUACACGUAAGUUGAAAUGGAGUAAACUAUAGCAAUAUAAA